CUCUCCCGUGCGUAAAAGCGCCUCCCUGGGAUUCGCAGCUCUCAGAUUGUCAGUGAAUUAAUUAGCAUUCGAAUGUAUCAACUAGCGUAGAAUAGGAUACCUCAUUUUUAUCGCAUUGGCAUUUUUGUCGCGCAAAAUGGAUGAAGUCAAACAUCCAUCCAAUUUAGAAACAUCUCGUGGUCAAAUAUGGAGCGUUCAUUCCUGGACUGACCAAUGAUCCAGCCGUCCGCCAGCACAGAAUCCACUUCUGUCAGAUAGAUGCACGAGCUGUUACUGGGAAUGUAUUGAACUUUAUGAAGGAGUUACCCCGCACAUUGUUCCAGGAAAGAUAUUAGGGAAAGACUCCUUGAACGCAUUGCGCAUUGCGUAAUUUCCCGCAAAAUGCGCUUCUGCUUUAGUCAGGCUGAACAUAAUGGGACCAAGACCCUCUGCUAGAAGAGACUCGUCGCACCAUGUGUGUUGUAAACACAGCAGAAACAAGGAUGAGAGUGCUUAAUGGGCUUGGGAGAGGUCGGCAUCAGAUGUUGGUGGCGUUGUGUUGGCUGUUCUUGGUUCUGACGAGGAGCGCAGCAGUCUCCAGAUGUGAAGGCCAUGCCUGCAGCCCACCAAUCAGGAACUUGGCUACUGGCAGGAUCCUCUUCACCCGCUCAAGCUGCUGCGGGAACAGCUCCUUGCACCACAGAACUUGUGUGAUCCCCGACCUCCUCUGCCCCGAGGACCCCCACCCAUCCGCCCACAUGACUGACGACCCUUUCUUGCAUCCGGAUACUUGGUGGGCAUCAGCUGCAGGCAUCGGCAUGCAGGGGGAGCAGGAUGAGAUCCGGUUGGAUCUGGAGACUCGGUUCUGUCUGUCCCACGUAGUUCUAGUGUUCAGGUCGCCUCGGCCCGCCGCCAUGGCCGUUGAGCGCUCAGCGGACUUUGGAAAGACCUGGGAAGCGCUCAAACUAUUUGCGCACAAUUGCAGCAUGGAGUUUGGCUUGCCUGAUGAUUUCACUCAGCCAGGCUCUUUGUGCACAUCCCGUUACACCAGCGCUGCACCCUGCAGCAGGGGGGAGGUUAUAUUACGCACACUCGACCCCAGCAGCGUUACAGGACUGAACCCGUACAGUCCAGAGACCCUCGCUCGCCUCACCCUCACCAAUCUCCGCAUCAGACUGCUAAAAGCUCAGACCUGUGCAGCACCUUUGAUUCCCCCUAAAGAGUUGACGAGCCCCACGGCCUCAGCUCUGACUUCAACAUCCACCAGAGGAAGCCCAGCUUCUGCACCGUAUGCUAUUUAUACUUUACUGGCCAGGGGGACCUGCCUAUGCCAUGGACAUGCCGAGCACUGCUCACCGCACAACAGCAGUCACGACAGAAGGGGAGGCAGUGACAUGGUGCCUGGCAGGUGCCUGUGUACUCACCACACAGCGGGGGACCACUGUGAGAGGUGUGCUCCGCUCUACAAUGAUCAUCCCUGGAGGCCGGCCAACAGCAGCAGCGGGGAGUCCAACCCGUGCCGGAAGUGCCAGUGUCACGGCCACGCAGACAGCUGCCACUUCUCUCGGCGGGCGUGGCUCUCCUCCGGUGGCACCAGUGGGGGAGUCUGUGAUGGCUGCAGACACAACACCGUCGGGCGCAGGUGCCAGCGGUGUCGCCACGGCUACCACCGCCACCCAGCGCUGCCCCUCAACUCCCCCCACGCAUGCACACGCUGCUGGUGUGAUCCACAGGGCUCUUUGCCAACUCAUCCGGGAGAGGAGGGGCCGUGGUGUCACCCUAGAAGCGGGCAGUGCCACUGCAAAUACGGCGUGGGCAGCACAAGCUGCGACCACUGCCUUCCUGGCUAUUGGGGUUUUGGAGAGGGGCGCUGUAAACCCUGUGCGUGUCCUCGCAACUGUGAUCCAACCACUGGACAGUGUCUGCACAGCAACUCAAAUGAUCAGAUGUUCGAUGUGCCCGUCGGCGGGAGGAUCCCCGAUCUGGACCCCAUGGUCACAAUAGAAGAAGAGGUACGGUGGUCGAAGGAGCUUGCGGUGUCUGCUAUGCAUUACACAGGGAAGUGCGACUGUAAGGAGAAGAAGCUGAGAAGUGUGUCGGACCUCUGCAAGAUCAAACAUGACUAUGCCAUCAAGGCCAUUGUGCUGUCUGCUCACGACAAAGGCAGCCACGCAGAAGUGCAGGUCAACGUUCGCAAGGUCCUUCAAUCAGGCAACUUGCCGCUCUACUUGGGCACCAUUGGUAUCUAUCCUCUGUCCUGGACCAGCCGCGGCUGUACCUGUCCAGUUCUAAACCCAGGUAUGGAGUACCUGCUGGCAGGCCCAGAGGAGGACGGGACCGGGCGUCUCCUGGUCACCAUGCAAAGUGCGGUGGUGCCAUGGACCCCCCGACUCGGUCUACUUGUAUCAGAGGGUCUGAGAAUCGGAUGUGCGUGAAUAAUAAUCCAAAGAAAGUAGAGAAGUCUCCGGAGAAUUUCAGAUGGAUAUUUCAGUUUGUGAAGAAUUCAGACAAUAUGCUGCAUCAUCAGGAGGAAGUUAUCACAGAGUCAAAGUCGGGAUGUAUCCAGCUCAGAGCAUUGAAGGAUGCAAACAGAGUGUGCAAGACAAAAUAAAAAGACAAACAAAUUCCUGGAUUUGGGUCCAAUAAAAAUCUUCAAUGUUGUAAAUUUUACAGUUUAUACAGAAAAUAUAGGAAGGACCAAACCUGAGCUUGAAUGUCUAGUUGAGUUGCAUUAUUUUUGGUUUAAAACUAUUAAAUAUAAACCAUUUUGAAAACAGUAAUAAUUCAGAUUCAAUGAAAGGAAACGAUACAUAAGUAAGAUACAGGCAAUACAAUCAAGUUAAGGCUGUAAAAUAUAUUGGUGUGGUUCUGUGUUACUGUUCAACUUGUAAAUCUUAUUGGCAAAUUCAGUGAGAAAAACUUUCCAUAAAAUUCCAACUCGCGUUGUGUGAAGGAGAAAAUUACUGAAAAUAUUCACUUUAGAACAAAAAGGGAGAAAGUAAUUUUAAAUGGUUUGAUCACAAUUUUAAUCUGGACAUGUCUGAGAAAUAUCCAUCAAUUCUUUUAAGGCCUGAAUGUCAGUGAAUAGUGACCACAGCAUCCAAAUGGAGACAGAAUUAAAACAUUAACGCAGUGACAGUUGAAUUUGCCAAAAGACGCUUUGGUCGAGACCAGAUAACGAACUCUCCGUCAAUAUGUUCAUAAGAUGGUUCUACAAGAUGUCAAGAAAGAUAAAAAUGUCUGACCAAUUACCUGCUUUUUGGUCUCGAAUGAUGGAAAGUAAAUGGAUUAUCUGUUAAAUCAUAGUAAGAGGUCGAGGUGAUUUCUUAGGAAAAGCUGAACAUUGCUCAAAUAAAACAAAUCCAGCUAUUACUGUCGAGAUCUCAGUCAAACAACACAUAUAGUGAACGCCAACAAACAAAGCUAUUCUGAUUAAAAAGCCAUAAAUUCAA